AUGCGUAUUGACAAGUCAAUUGGUCGCUGCGGUGCGGCAGCCAAUCACAGCGUGACCUUUGUGGGCCGUACCGUUUACGCUCAUACGGAGCUAGAAUCACGAGCACGAGCGACUUCAGGGAUAAUUGUUAAGUCUUUUCAUAUCGGCAAAAAUCGGCUUACCUCAUGCCUCGAUGAGCACAGUAAAUUCAUUGCAUUUCCACCAAGAAUAAGCGCCAUUUAUAAACAAAUUGCUUUUUUGAAAACUUAUGUGAACAUAAAGACAUUUUCAUAUCAUUGCCUCUCCUUCGUUUUUUGCCUUGAUUUCUUCAUGAAUCGCUUUACCAGUUUCUGUCAAUUUCCAUGUACUAGAUAUCUACCUACCUAUGAGCCGUUUUUUGUCUUAACUCAGUCUACCGAGAAUAGGCCCAAUAUCAUCUUUGAAUGCAUCAAACCCCUCAAUUCAACCGAAUCCGCGGUUUUCAUUUUUUGGAGCAUUGUUUUUUUUGUUGGAUACUUGGAGUGUGCACUCUUAAUCAGUCUGCUUUUGAUAACUUCGCUUUUCGAAACCGCUUGCGAUGGUGGCCGGCUCUCGAACAUGCAUUCCGCUACUUGGCGGGCUAGGUUCGCAGCCACUGAGCUAGGCAUACCUGACAAACUUGAGUCCGUACAACAGGAAGUCUUGAAAAUUGUAUCUGUGUCAUUCUUUAGUGAAUACCAGGGUCAGACUUACAAUGUUUGGCACGUGGAUGGUACGCAAACUGCUCACGACGCGAUCGACAAAUGGCGUGCACAUGAAGCUUUUAAUAAAUCGAUUGCGGUCACGAAAUUGCUAUCAGAUGCUGAUGCGUCCGCACUACAUGACCAUUUUGUUAGUGUGGAAGUAGCGAAAGUUGAUGCCGAAAUUGCCGCAAUGGAACUUGAAUUGGGAGAGCUUCAAAAAGAAACUGACGAAGGACCAACAUGGCCUGCUGCUGUGCCUGCUUACAGCAGGCCUCCGAAUCGUUAUCAGGUGCCGACUUGGGAAUUUUUCACAUUGAAAGACAUAUUUCGCAGUGAGCCUAAUCAGAAUGUGCGUCCACUCGAGGGAAAAGAUCGCGAUGAUGUGUUGGAAGUUGUGGCUGCUGCAAGGCAGCAUGCGGAAGCUGAAGAGCCCGAUUUAGAGUUCUUGCAAGUGAGGAAUGGAUACAGGUUAUUUGAUCCACAACGUGGGAUGGAUUACAUGGUGGAUCUCGUGUAUAAGGAUGGUACCACUCAGGCAACCGUUGAGAGACGAGUGCAUCUUUGCCGAAUGGUGGCUGGAACGCAGCUGAUGAACCAGGUUCCUUAUGUAAAAGAGGAUACAGACAUGACCAUUGUCGUGCCUGUAGGCGACGAGUCGGAAGUACUGCCGGCUAGGCGACUUUUAGCCAGGCAUGCGCGACUGUGCACAGCGCCAGCUGAAGAAACUAGAAAGACUCGAGUUGUCGUAGCUCUUUUACCUGGAAUUGAUCCGCGAUCGGCAACAAACAUCGGGAAUGAUCUUGAAGAACUAAAGCGGAGAUGCAAGCGUUCGGGGCUGGAAUCGGAUCUGUUGCAAUUGCAAGGCUUGUCCGGCAACAAAGUCCCCGACGGAACAUCAGGAGAUGUUGGUGGCGGAAGUGCAGCACUCGAUGAAGCCAUUGACCGUUAUGGAAGCGGUUCUAUAUUUUUGUUAUUGUCACCGUAUGCGGAUAUACAGAAAGAGUUUUUGGAUCGCUCGCGAAUCAACACAAUCAAACACUAUCAGGUAUUUUUUCCUAUACCUUUUGUGGAAUAUCAUCCUACAAUCUCAGGAAUGGACGUAGAGGAACAUGAGGUCCCCGCGGAUCAGAAAGAAGCACGCGAGGCAGCCUUAGCGCGUUUGCGUGAUUCCUCACCACCAAAGAGGAAAAGGCCGCUAAUAGUGCAGAAGGAUCACGGUCGUUUUGAUUCCCUUGACUUUUCUUGUAUGGCCGUUUAUGGAUCUGAUUAUGUUGCAAUGCGUCCAAAACUGAGUGGAAAGCGGUUGGAUUUGAUUACGGCGUUUUUGAACCAAGAUGAGGUCCACGUCCUGCGUGCAAUAGAACCUACUCUGAGAAUCAGAGGUACGUUCAUGAUGUACGGGAUUGAGCCAGCUUUGCAGGUUACAACGCAUUAUUUAGCAUGCGAGAAUGACUGGGUUGUUGUCGUUCAUCAUUCUACCACUACCCGAAUGAGGAAAUGGAAUUUUCUGUAUUCUGACAUGCUAGCUAGCUUGGAGUGUUCUGCUGAUUAA